AUGCCCGCAUGCGGUUAUGCGAGGACCACAUCCUCUGGGCGAGUAUCAAGGUGUCCCCAAGAUGCGACGCAUACAUGUGGGAGGUGUCACACACACUGUUCCUGCACACGGUGCCCAACGCCAGAAUGCGGCACGCCCUCUACGUGCAAGAGGUGCAGGGGUUGUAACAUGCACUGUUCCUGUGGCGGGAGCAGAGCCCCUGUCGCUCCCAUAGACGACCCACACCCGGCGUCUAGCCGACUUAUGUGGAGACUCAACCCUAGUGAGCGGGUUGACGAAGAUGGAGAUGGUUGGAGCCUUUACGACUCGUGCGGCGAGGGCGGCACUGGACCAGCACCCCCCGAGUUAGCCUGUGCGUGGUCCGACCGAAGCACCGAUACUGAGGGAGAGACCAUCCACAUACUGGGCGAAAACAAGCCUCGGCCGACCUAUAUUGUGAAGGACGAGCUGGAGAUUUUUCUAGCCUCACGCCGAGAGAUAGCCGAGAAAUGGAGUGUUGCGUUGGAAGAAGGCCGUGUCAGUGGCCCAUGCCCAAUACCCUGGGACGUGUGCGACCUCGGCUUCGCCGCCCAGGUGGUAAGGCCCGAGAACAGAGGAAGGGGCUGGUGCUUUGCUAUCGAGCAGAGCAAGCUAUACCUAGAGAUGCAUGAAUUGGUCGUCCAUGUGAGGUCCGUCGGGGAUUUGGCGGUCUCUCCAUGGUCCACCAAGCUCCGGCAGUUUUGGCCAAACUAUAUUGCCGCGGCGGCAGACAUGUAUCGCGAAUUCAUCCGCCUCGUAUCCGUUGGCGAUGUUACUUUAUACGAGGACGGCAGUAAAGUCCCCGAUACCGCGCCCGCCAUAUAUUUUGACUCGCCUAUUCCUGCGACCGUGGGAGACCGUGUUGCCGGGUGGCGGGCGAGGCCGGCACAGGUGGGUGAGGCAUGGAGGUCAACUACGAAGACGCCUCUUGACACGUGCGGACCGCCAUGGUUAGUAGGCGGUGUACUGUGCCCCAGUUGGUGGCCGGAGGACUGUUACCAUGGCAGGCGCCUCAGUGUGAAUGCCUUCUUGGACGGGGACCGAUCCCCCGACAGGGAUGACCUCGCUGGUGGGAGUGACGUGUCCGUCAAGGUCUGCUCCAUCCCAGGCGGUUCCUUUAUGUUCUCUUACUUGAUUGAUUUAUACGACACGACUACUGCAGCGGUGUGGGUUGACACGGACCGCGCACACGCGGGAAAUUGUGGCUCCCGCCUAGAAGCCUUCGUCGUGGGAGCCGACUCACACAGCUGUCUUAUCGACGGGGAGGCUAGAAGGCAACUAACAAAGAUACUUGAGCCGACAAGGAUACAAAUCGAGAAGUACCCCCGCGUCAGGUUCCCGAAGAUGGAGCCAUGCAGGAAAGUGAGUGUAUGCCUGAAUAACCCAAAAUCGCAUAAAGGGCUAGGCUGGAUAUCCAUGGCAUCUCAAAUGGCCGUUGACGGGGUCAUCCGGACUUUGGCACUAAGCCCGUACCACCUCAGGCUCAAUUCUGACGGGAACUGCUUCUUCUCGCUGUUCCGAGAGUGCGGGGACACGGAUGGUAGAAUUGUUGGACCUAUCAGUACCGCCCAGAUCAUUGACAGUGGGCUGUUCUCGGAAGCUGACUUCUUCUUAAGGAUCGCCCUCAAUGAUCGUUGGGUCUCAGCGGGAGGUCGACAUCUUGAAGUUGUAGACCAUUGGGAGUCUGCCACAGCUAAAGAGCAGCUUGACGGCUGGUACGGUCUUCCGGACCCACGUGAGAAACUAGAACCUCUGUUCUUAGAUCAUGCCCCUCCUCCGCAGGACGACGGGUUUGCGUUAAAUUUCUGCGAGCCCGGGAGUACUGCGGGGGGUGCUGGGGUCUCUAGUGUCUAGGUGACAAAUGACCUCAUAUGAGGCCAUUUGACCUCAUAUGAGGUCACUUUUCAACUUAUUUUUCUCGACUUGCGCUAGCUCAACAAGAUGGAAAAAAGAUACUCUCGACACGGCAGUUGACUUCUGCGUUGUGGAAGGGUGGAGUUUGGUGAGAUCUGCACGUCUUCUCCAGCCAUUUUUGAAAUGCCCAAAAAGGAGCCUUUUUUGACCAACCUCAAAACGUUUUAUGUUGAUAUCUUCGAAACCAAAACGCCUGUUUAAAAAGUCAACUCAUCAUUGAUACUUCAUUAGAUUCUUAGUCUCUCUGUGCAUUGACAACCGCCAUCCCAAUGUUUUGCAAUAUGUUAUUGCCGAGCGCGUAUACGUUAAAGAAAUGGUGUCCAAACUGAAUGUUUUAAA